CACACACACACACACACAGAGGGAUGUUUCCAUCUGCUUGUUCAAUCCCCAAAUGCUUGCAGUAGCCAGGUGAGGUGAGCCUGGAGCCCAUGGGUCUCCCUGUGAGUGGCAAGGGGGCACCCGAAUACCUGAACUUGCUGGUCCCUAGUGCCUGCUCCUAGCUGGAGGAACCAGGAAGGCUGGAGCGGAAGCGGAGCAGCCAGGACUAGAAGUGGCAGGGUUCUUUGAUAAUGGGAUGCAGGGGCCUCUCCAUGAGCUUUUCGAACUACCCACAUUAUGAUUUACUGCCAGCAUGGUCCUAAUGAAGACACUUGGAGAGAUUGAUCAGUUUGGUGAAGGAUGUCCAUCUAGAAAUAGAGACAACAUUUGAAACCAAAUUUAUCAGAAUGUGGAACUCUUGCUUCUGCACAGGAAUUGUAAAUGACCACAGUGUUGGUAGUUCGUGCUUUGGCACCGUGGCAAGCACGUUAAAAUAUUUCUCUUUAUUGUAGCAAGCUAUUUAGGAAGGUUGCUAGCUCUGUUUAAAGAUGGGGGAGAUUGAAUCUUGGAGCCCACAACUGGUUAUGUUAAAACUGCUGACUAUGGAAAUUUGUAAAAACCCAUGCUCUGAAUUCUCACAUCAUACUCCUCUAUGAAAGAUGACUAAAUAUAGCCAUUUAGACAUGCAUACAUUUGGUCUGACCUGUCUUGAGCUCCAUGGCUGCGUCCUACCACAUGGUGUAGUAAUUGCUGAUCUAUUUUUAGUUUUGGGUCUCUGUCUGCAUAGUUUUGAGGUAGAGUAGUGUGCUCUCUGAUAAUUUCUUUUCCUUCAAGGUUAUCAGUACAAAUAUAACUGGGCUGGCAGCUGGUGAGUAAAGAACCUUAUGAAGAUAGGCCAUAGACCAAGGCAAGGAGAUACGGUUAAAGAGCACCAUGAGGGUUAAUCAGAUGAUGCUCUGCCACAGUUGUGGCAUUUGGCUUCUAGGUCAUAUGUCACGGAAUGUUAAGCCUGCAAAGAGCUUCGCAGAUUAUUUAGCCCAAUUUCCUUUUGUGACUUUAUGUGGGAAUGUGGUUGAAGAGGUUAAGUGAUCAAGAUCACGUGACUUGGGUAGUGAUUGGUUUGAUUGCCCUUUAUUUUGUAUCAUGAGCUGUUAUGUUAAUAACGCCUACGAAAGACACACCGUGAAGCCAGGUUGCUCUGCCAGUGUGAACCAGCCUGCCGGCUCAGUGGCUUCAGCUAAACCACUCAGCAGAGUCUGUGUCUCAGGCUCCUCAGGUGCAAGUGGGGCUGAUAGUAGGACGGUAUUGGAAGGAGAACUGUAAGGAUUAAAUGAGUGACCUGACCCCUUGAAGUACCGCUUUCAAGGAAAUGCUGUACUCGGCUCAGGACCAGGCACCUUCUGUGGAAGUUACAGAUGAGGACACAGUAAAGAGGUAUUUUGCCAAGUUUGAAGAAAAGUUUUUCCAAACCUGUGAAAAGGAACUUGCCAAAAUCAACACCUUUUACUCAGAGAAGCUCGCGGAGGCUCAGCGCAGGUUUGCCACCCUUCAGAAUGAGCUGCAGUCCUCACUGGAUGCACAGAAGGAAAGUGCCGGUGUCACUACACUGCGACAGCGCAGGAAGCCAGUCUUCCACCUGUCCCAUGAGGAACGUGUCCAACAUAGGAAUAUCAAAGACCUUAAACUGGCCUUCAGCGAGUUCUACCUCAGUCUCAUCCUGCUGCAGAACUAUCAGAAUCUGAAUUUCACAGGAUUUCGAAAAAUCCUUAAAAAGCAUGACAAGAUCCUGGAAACGUCUCGAGGAGCAGAUUGGCGAGUGGCUCAUGUAGAAGUGGCCCCAUUUUAUACAUGCAAGAAAAUUAACCAGCUCAUCUCUGAAACUGAGGCUGUAGUGACCAAUGAACUUGAAGAUGGUGACAGACAAAAAGCUAUGAAGCGUUUACGCGUCCCCCCUUUGGGAGCUGCUCAGCCUGCGCCAGCGUGGACUACUUUUAGAGUCGGUCUCUUUUGUGGAAUAUUCAUUGUACUGAAUAUAACACUUGUGCUUGCCGCUGUAUUUAAACUUGAAACAGAUAGAAUGAUCUGGCCCUUGAUAAGGAUAUAUCGGGGCGGCUUUCUUCUGAUUGAAUUCCUUUUCCUACUGGGCAUCAACACGUACGGUUGGAGACAGGCUGGAGUCAAUCAUGUGCUCAUCUUUGAACUGAACCCGAGGAGCAACCUGUCUCAUCAGCAUCUCUUCGAGAUUGCUGGAUUCCUGGGGAUACUGUGGUGCCUGAGCCUGCUGGCGUGUUUCUUCGCUCCAAUAAGCGUCAUCCCCACAUACGUGUAUCCACUUGCCCUUUAUGGAUUUAUGUUUUUCUUUCUAAUCAACCCCACCAAAACUUUUUAUUAUAAAUCUCGGUUUUGGCUGCUGAAAUUGCUGUUUCGCGUAUUUACUGCCCCCUUCCAUAAAGUAGGCUUUGCUGACUUCUGGCUGGCUGAUCAGCUGAAUAGCCUGUCAGUCAUACUGAUGGACCUGGAAUAUAUGAUCUGCUUCUAUAGUUUUGAACUCAAGUGGGAUAAGAGUACAGGACUGUUGCCAAAUAUUACAAAAGAAACAGAAGUUUGCCACAAAUACACCUACGGGGUGCGAGCCAUUGUCCAGUGCGUUCCUGCGUGGCUUCGCUUCAUCCAGUGCCUGCGCAGGUACCGGGACACGAAAAGGGCCUUUCCCCAUUUAGUCAACGCAGGCAAAUACUCUACCACUUUCUUCACCGUGACCUUCGCAGCCCUCUACAGCACUCACAAAGAGCGAGAGCACGCCGACACCAAGGUCUUCUUUUACCUGUGGAUCGUCUUCUGCGUCAUCAGCUCCUGCUACACCCUCAUCUGGGACCUGAAGAUGGACUGGGGUCUCUUCGACAAGAAUGCUGGAGAGAAUACUUUUCUCCGGGAAGAGAUUGUGUACCCCCAAAAAGCCUACUACUACUGUGCCAUCAUAGAGGACGUGAUACUGCGCUUCGCUUGGACCAUCCAGAUCUCAGUGACCUCCACGGUGGCACUGCCUCACUCUGGAGACAUCAUCGCCACCGUCCUGGCCCCCCUGGAGGUCUUCCGGCGUUUUGUAUGGAACUUCUUCCGCCUGGAGAACGAACACCUGAAUAACUGCGGUGAAUUCCGUGCCGUGCGGGACAUCUCCGUGGCCCCUCUGAACGCAGACGACCAGACACUGCUAGAGCAGAUGAUGGACCAGGAAGACGGGGUCCGGAAUCGGCAGAAGAACCGGUCAUGGAAGUACAACCAGAGCCUGUCUCUGCGCCGGCCACGCCUCGCCUCUCAGUCCAAGGCUCGUGACACUAAGGUAUUGAUAGAAGACACAGACGAUGAGGCUAACACUUGAAUCCUCUGAAGCUGAGCUGAGCAUCCUCGGGUUUCCUGCCCCACAGUCCUUCCUCGACAACACGACCUCCAGGACCUUUGCAGCUGAGAACAGGAGCAGAUGCCUACCACACCGUCCGAGCUCUUCCACGUCGGAUCCUAUGGACUCCAAGCAAGCUCACUGUGUUCCUUUCCUUUUCCUCUGGUUUAAUUUUACUUUUCUAUUUUUAAAACAAACACUUCAUUUUGCCAAUCAAAGGACGUUUUAAGGAACAAAAACGUAGUCUCUUACAUCCGGAUUGUUUACAAUCACAAGGACACCGAUACCUAUGGAGAUGAAGAGCGGUGCUGCCCGGAGCCUCUGACGGGACGGUGCCGAGAGGGCUCGGCUUCCGCGUGGUCCGCUUUUGACUAGUUGAGACUGGACAUUGGUUUUUAAAAUCUUUUGUCAGUUCGUGUGGAGAAUUGUUUUGUUCCCUCCUCCCCAGCGCAGAGGCACUGGCUGCACUUGCAGGCAAAGUGCACCGUGGAGCAGUACCUUCAUUCAUGAAGCUACUUUUUAAUUUGAUGUAACUUUUCUUAUUUUGGGGAGGGUUGCUGGGUGGGUGGGAAAUGUGAUGUAUUUGUUACAUAGAGUUUUCUCACUAUUUAUGAAACUUAACCAUAAGAGGAUGAUACAACUCCUGUGCAAUGAAGAUGACAAGGAUGGGGGAGACGAACGUUGGGUGACAGCUCGGAGGCUCAGUCCCACAUGCCUCUUUCAGGAGACAAUUUGCACCAGUUGAACUUUUUCUGCUUUUUCUUUCUUUCUUUCUGUUUUUCUUUCUUUUUUUUUUUUUCAAAGCCAAAGUUUGCUUCUUCCCUUUCUGGUUGUUGCUGCUGUAGAGUCCCCAGCGUCCAUCGUCACUAGGCCCAUAUACACCCAUUCCACUAGCUGAAUUAUAGGAGAGGUUCUGAUACUGUGUUUUAUUCUAUUGUCAGGAACAGAUGUGGAAUGUAUUUGCCCCAUAUUUCAACUCUAACCGUAGAAGUUUACCUUCAGUCUAUAAGGAAUUGGAGUGUGAUCUUUCCUAACUCUGAAUUAGAAGGUGGCUGUUUCGGGGACUCCCCACACGCUCGUAGUAGCCAGUCUCCUGUGCUCAUCCUCUUCGUCCAGAGUUUGAUCGGAUUCAGUCUGUUUGGGGGAAGCUAUAUUUUUGAGCACGUGGAGCAAAGCAUCUCUACCCCUUCUGUGUAUUCAUUUAAAAGAUCCCGGCAGCCAAUUCUCCCAGCAGUUUUAGAAUCUCUGCUAUCCUGUGCUAAAACCAAAUCUACUUUUAAAAUAUUGGGGAUCUAAACUUGUUCACAAGUGGAAGGUGCAUUACCUAGAAAUUUUAGACUAUAUGCAGUGCCCAUUUUUAUUUCUUGGUUCUUUUAUUUGCUUUGUUUUUAAGUUCCCCAAAUAAGCUCAAAGCUAUAGGAUUUUACUUUCCUGAAAUGUGACUGACAUUAAAUUUAGUAUUUCACUAUCUUUAACAAAUUAACACGAAUACCAGGAGAAGAUCAAAUGUAUUUUAGUGUUCCCACUCCAAGACCCAGAUGAAGAUUCUAGAAUCAACAUCGGUAGAUUGAUGAAAGUAAAUUUACUUCUGUCAUUUUUAGCUUGAUUUUAAACAAAGGAGCAAGUAAGUGGAGAGACAGCAAUUAUCGCUUGUUAAUCUUAAAACAUGGCUACUGCCUUUUAAUAUAUACCCGUUGUCGUUAGCUCUGCCUCGUGUAUUUUAAGUCUUUACAUGAUUCCAGAUUACAUUAAAGUUAUUAAUGCUACCGGAGCUCUGUCCGUUAACUGACCGCUAGUUUCCUUUUAAAGGAGUUUCUUUUGUCUUUGUUCUGAGAACCUUGCAAAAUUUGCCCCUCUUCCGAUUCAACAGGAUGGUUUUGUUUUUGUCUUCAUUUUUGGUGGGGAGAGAAGGAAGCUUUUAAUUCAUGUAGUUACUGUUAUUUUGAAAAAUCAUAAAACAUGAUAGCUUCUAUUUUUUUUUUCUUAUUUUGCCAAGCAUAUAUUCCUUGGCCCAAAACUGAAGAGGAGACGUCUCCUGCUUGCUUUUUUUUUUUAAGUUUAAAUAAAUUGAAUCAUUUAUACUAAUCGGUGGUAACAACUUGGUGACCCAUGGUAGAUUACAAGUUGCAUUAUUUCUGCUUGGGUUAUUGUUGUUGUUUCGGGUUUUUUUUUUUUUUUCUUUAUUCUGGUUUCUGUACUUUUAAACUAUGGAAAGAAAUAUCACUGGUCUGUGAAGAAGUAGCAGUGACUUUUUAAAUUACUGAAUGAUACGGAGAAGUCUAGCAGGUCAGUCAUUUCUUGUGCAAAUAAAAUCGGUGACACUGCUGUGCGUCCAGAGCCAUCUGAACACUCAGCUUCCCUCUCCACUGGUAGAUCAAUGAGAUGAAACACCCAAAGUCUUACAGUUGACAUCUGGAAUUUAGACUCCUCAGCGUUUUUACAUGGUUGUGUCCUAUGGCCAUUGGAUCUGUUCAACUGUUGUGAUGCUAGGCCCUUGUCAGUAUUAACUUUCCAUAGAAACAGCAAUGGAAUGUAUUUCUUUUCUAAUGGUUUCUUACUGCUGCAGUCUUAGAAACAAGGCUUCUGGGACUUUCAGUUGACCAUUUAGUUAAACACACAACUGUAUUUUGCCCUUUGAGUUAUAAAGAGAAAAGAGAUUUUUCUCAUCAACUUUUGCCUUCAGAAAAAGCAGCGUGUAUGUUCGCCUCCUCCUCUAUGUCAAACCUAGCACUUGUUAAUGAGGGGUCGCCUGAUGCUUUAGGAGAGUCUUGCAUUCACUGGAAGUCUCAGUACAACUCUUAGAAUUAAACUUCACAGAGUUGCUUUAAAGAAAUAGCAGUCUAAUGAAAGGUACAACUUCAUCUGAUUUUAGGUUACAAUAUUCCAGGUUUUGUUUUUAUAUAAGAAUCACUCAAUUCUUAGCAGAAGUUAAAAUAUUCCCAAAAGAAUAAAAUUGACUUUUCAUUUUGUAGUUAUUUGGGAGAUACUGUUAUGUGUGGACAAAUCAGAAGACAAAAGUAGGUUCUUUUUUAUGUCUGUAUUAGCUCAUGGAGUUAAGACUGCCCGUGCCGUUACAGGCGUUCAGUUGGUGAUCUCACACAGAGAUAAUGACAUGGUGGAGCUGAAGGCUGUGUCCCUGGAAAGUCAUUUGUAAGAUUGGAAAGAAGUUGAAAACUUAAGUGCAGCUUUGUUUUUCAGCAUUUUACCAUUAGACUCUCAGCUGAACUUCCAGGUCAGAAGCCGUGGUAUGAAGGAGAACAUGGGUGGCUUUAGCCAUAUCCUGAAGACAUCCAUAAGGAAAGAAAAUGAGACCUGGCCCCGCAGCCGUGACUUCCCAGCAGGGCCCACAGGAGUGCUACAAUGGGAGCUGAGUUUCCUGGAGCUAACUUACUGAUAAAAAUAGUGCCUUUCCACCAAGGUUAGGUAAAAGUACACCCCAAAUAACUAGAGAAAAAGAAAAGAAGAAAAUCUGCUGCUGACGAGUCAUCCAGGUGGCAGAUGAGCGGAUACUGGGAGUGGUGUUAGCAGAGAUGAACGGGGAAGCUGGCGGCUGGGAGCAGUAGCCAGGAAGCCCGUGCACCCUUAGGCCUGGGGCAGGGCCAGGCAGGAGACCCUGCCUUGCUGCUCUUAUUUACCCCCAGCACCUUGCAUCAUGCACAAAACAAUUCCCAAAAGUAGUUUGCUAAGCAAUGGCUGUAAAACAUUUCUGUGAUGAAGAAUUUAUAAAAUAAUUCAAUAUAUUACCAGAAAACAAUAUCCAUAUUAUUAUUUCAAACAAUUGGGAUUCUUUGAAAUAAUUUCACUUUGCUUACCAAACAGAUCUCAGAUAACUCCUUUUUCUAAAGCUCUCCCCAAAACUAAGUAUUUUUUGCUAUGUAGUAAAACUUGAUUUUUUUUUUUAAAUGAGGGGAAUAUUUCAGAUAAAAAAAAUCAUGUUGACUGUAUGGCUCUCUCAACUACAAAAGUCUUACUUUCUUCCAGAUUAUAUGGAAUCAGUGUCAGCACAGAGAAGGCCCCCCGUGACCAGGAGAAAACCACCGUUUUGAAUGUUUGAAGCAGUUAGAUAAAAAAGAAGUCCGAUCGAUUGAUUUCACUCAUUUAAUUUUGUUCUGGUUGGUGAAAAUGUUUCUUGCCUUUGAUCAUUAGUUAAACCAGGGAAAAGUAAAGAGUUUCUGAAUCGCUUGUUCAUACAUUUCUGCAUUUCAAACAUCAGUCUUUGAUGAAGUGUUAAGACCUCCCAGGAUGUUGUGUUAUUUUGUAAGUUGAGGUUACUGCAGGAACAUGGGAGGGAGCCGGCUUGCUUAAAGCAAACGGGGUGUGUGCUGUGCAGGGUUACAGCCCAGUGGUGCAGCCAGCAUUAACCGCAUGUUGAGAAGUGAAAGCAUCGCAUUGCUAUGGGACAGCUCAAGAGAUACAAGAAGUUUCAGAGUGAAGAGAGCCUGUCGAUUUGUAUGACUCAUAAUAUUUCUUGGGUGAGGUGUCCAAACUCUGAUACUAACAAGUUGUCAUUAAGCAACCUUCCGGAAUAUAUUUAGUCAUAGCGGGCAAAGGAAGACACAGGGUUUCCCCUGAGCCGAGAAGAAUCACUGUACUAAUUUUCCAGGGAAACAUGUUUCCUUGUAAUAAACAAUCAACUCUGUCUUAUUGUUGAAUCAAAGCCACCUUCAGUUUCUGCCUAUACCAUCAGCCUACGGAGAACAAUCAAAACUAACCUGUUUUUGGCCUUGGGUUCAGUGUGUCUGCCAUGACAGCGUUCCUCUUCCAUAGCUCCAAGCUGCACACUGGGCAACUCGCACCUUCGUCCUCCCCACGCCCGCCCGGCUGUGCCCGCCUGGCUGUGCCUCCGCUCACUCGGCUGUGGGAAGGAGGCAGUGCGACGAGCAAGACAUGGGCUUCAGGACAGGGCAAGGGUUCCAUUUCCGUCUCCCCUAAUCAUUGUCUUGGAAGUCCCCGCCUUCACUUCCUAGGGCAACACCAGCACCGGGGGAAUAGGGAGAAGGACUGUGAGAAAUCCCAAACUAAUCAUUCACAAUAUUGUUACUUCUUGAAUUGUAACAGAAAAUUGUGAGCUGUUGAACAUCUCAGUUGUAAAAGAACAGAACCCUUAGAAUUUAUCACGUUGUAAGAGUGAUUUUUUUUUUCUGUUUUCAGGAUUAGCACAGACCCUUGUGUCAAUGAGGAAUAUCUGGGGGGGGGGGGAGAAGGGGCGGGAAUAGGGUGAAAGGUAUUUUUCUUUGCAAAAGUCCUGCUUAUGCUGUGUUUCUUUCACUGUGCUGCCCCACACUGUGGGUCAGAUGAGAUGGUCUGAUGAAGCCCAGAGCUGUGGUUGUCAUGGUAACGAUGGGUUGUGAUUCGUCCUCUGUGGGUGCUUCAUCCCCAUUUCUUCCUCUCCACUCUGCUAAAUGGAAAAGGUGACGUCGAAGAAUUGAUACUUGCUUGGAUUCAUGUUGUACCUGUGACUAUGCUAUUAGCUGUCUCCUUUCCCCCUUAUAUGGGUAGAAUUCGUAUGACAUGUGGACUUCCCUUCUUGAUCAGUAGGCUAAAUGCACAAUGUGGUACUGUUUUAUAGUUUCUAGAUGGUUGUACAAAGCAAAAAGUUCAUGUGGUUAUGUGUUUUUAAAAGAAAAUAAGUGAUUGGUUACAAACUGUCCUUUUUUCAUGAUUACAAGCUCUCUGUUUUCCAACGGU